UUUUACUUCCGGUUUAAUAAGAGGAGAGGGAAGAUCGGCAGCAGAACAAUCAUGUCAACUGAAAUAGAUUGGCGGAGAAGAUGGAAGCCCGACCUUAGUUCAUGUCCAUGGCAACCCAUUGAGGUUGACGGAAUUAAAUACCUCAUCAAGUUUCGGUUCACAGAAGACUCCUAUGAAAUUCUAAUCACUGACCUAGUCCACUUUUGGUAUGAAGAGUUAGAAGACAUGGCCCUUAGGAAAAGAAUACAGAAAUUGAAUCCUAGUAUAGAGGCAUCAUUGACGAGAAUCCUAGAUCAGAUCAGGAGUAGUAUUGAAUGCCCGGAAAGGGAGACAACCUUGUCAGUUGGCUUUAAGUCGAGCAGUGAUGAUGACCAGGAGAAAAUCAUGUUGAAGAUCACCUCCCAGUUGGCAGGAAUGCCUUUUGCAUGGAACUUCAUAGCUAGUGUGGCUGACGGCGAGAUGGUAUCAGAAAACCUGAUUAUACCUUUGAUGGGUAUGGUCAGUGAGUUGGCACGGCGACAGAAGGAACUUGUGAAGGUCAUCGAAAAUAAGGACAAAGAAAUAGAUGACUACAAAACCCAGGGUGUGAAGACCUCCAGAAAACAUAUUGAAACAAAGAGAUUUGUGGAGACAGCAUUUGAAAAUGAAAUGUUGAUGGCAAAGACCUUUGAAAGCUCUGUGAAAGCCCUUGGCAGUACAGCAUUUGAGGAGGCGGGCCAGGAUCUGUACAGACAAAUCAUGACCAAGCAUGCAUGGAUCAACAGAUCACCCACAAAAAAGGAAGACAACAAUGAUGAAUUUGAUGAUACCAGUUUGGGGGAUGCAGCUGAGAGGAAGGGAUCAUCUGGUCCAUCUUGGGGGUCAAGCCGUCUCCCACCUUCCAUUACUGGUCCAAAGAGUGUGUCUCCUGACAAAGUCCGUCCCAAAACAAGUCCAGCCAAGAGCCCAAAGAGUUCUGCCUCCAACACACCUGAGGGAUCUCCUGUAAAGGACUCGGAGUAUCUACGCAGACAAGCCCUAGAGAGGAGACUUGAGCAGGAGGAAAUGAAGAAACAUGAAAAGACAAAGAAGAAAAAGAAAAUCGCAUUCUAGUACCAAUCAUGUAAAUCAGACUUUUGAUGCAAGUGAUAAUUUACCAUAAAUGAUUAGCGUCUUUUUCUGUUAAUCACGGCCUGUGUGUAAACAACAUAAUGACCAAAAACAACCAAAGGUAUGCAUCAUGUGAUGUCACUUCCAUUAACAUACAGAUGUCUGAUCAGUGAAAUGUAUCAGAAACCAACCAGGUCUUUGUUAUGGAACCACAAAAGUGUUUGAAUGGAACAAGAUUUUACUCCAAAUUACCUGUGUUGACUUCACCCUUAAAAUGGAGUUGCAGUGCUAAAUCCUGGAUCUGGCCCAGAGGAGAAGCCAUUGAAUGUAUGAUACAUUUAUACUGUAUACCGUGAAAUUAUUGCUGCAGUUUAAUUUUCGCCGUUUCCAGAGGGCGAAUUUAUAAUUGCAGCUAACAACAUCAUUUAUAUAGUAAUUAAAUGUGAAAGGCAAAAUUAGUACUUGGCAAAUUUUGACUUCACAGGUGAAGGGUGAAAGUUUGACUUGGCGAAAAGUCCUGGUAUACAGUAAACACUUGUACAAUCGUCCUCAUAUCUUGACAUAAGCUGUCGUAAAUACAAGAAAACUAGUGUACUUGUAUACCUGGUUUCAGUCUUUUGUUGUGCUUAUGCAAAAGAAGAAAAGAAUAGUUAAUGAACACUGUAGAAGAUAAUUUUGAUGUAUUCAGGUCUUAGAAUGGAUUAAUUAAUGUAUGUGAGAGUGGAUAAAUUCUAGUAAAUCAACUAUGAACUAUUUAUAUUGCUGUACCCAUCAAAUAUUGACAGAUAAUUAUCACCACUGCACAUGAAAACUUAGUCAAAGAGGAAUGCUGAUCGGUAAAACGUUUUGGUUACAGAGACGAACACAUGAUCUGUUUUCUGUUUGUGCUGGAAACAUGCCAUUGUGAAAAUGGGUACUUUAUAAGAAUAGGUGGGCAACAAGAAAGCAAAACCUUUUAAUAUGUCAUUGGAAUAACAAUUGCAAAAAUAAGUAUUCACAAUAAGUUUUUCAAUUUACAGUAAAAUAAUUGAUUUCAACUUAUACAAUGUAAACUGAACAAUUCUGACAAUCGGAAUAGACAUGUUUUUCAGAUUAAUCAGGUGUAAUUUAUGACAUAUACUUUAUCCUCACUACAGGACCUAGCACAAAUGCCCAGAUUAUACAGGUUAAACUAUAUAUUCAUCCUAACAACAAGACCUAACUUCAAUGUCUAGCCUACACAGGUAUAAUCUAUAAAGUCAUCUUAACAGCAAGACCUAGCCAGAUGUCAGGUUGUACAAAUGUCUAGCCUACACAGGUAUAAUCUAUAAAGUCAUCUUAACAACAGGACAUUGCUAGAUGUCUGGUUGUGCAAAUGUCUAGCCUACACAGGUAUAAUCUAUAAAGUCAUCUUAACAGGAAGACCAUGCCAGAUGUCUGGUUGUGCAAAUGUCUAGCCUACACAGGUAUAAAAUUUAAAGUCAUUUUAACAGCAAGACCUAGCCAGAUGUCAGGUUGUGCAAAUGUCUAGCCUACACAGGUAUAAUCCAUAAAGUCAUCUUAACAGCAAGACCUCUACAAAUGUCUAGCUUGGACAGGUAUAAUCUAUAAAGUCAUUUUAACAGCAAGAACUAGCCAGAAGUCUGGUUGUACAUAUUCAGUACAUUCAACAACAGGACCUAGCCAUAGGUAGUGCAAGUGUCCAGAUGACACAAGGUCUUGUAGAGAUAGGUGUAUUACACAGAUUACACAAGGUCUUGUAGAGAUAGGUGUAUUACACAAGGUCUUGUAGAGAUAGGUGUACUACACACGUUUUCGCUGUAUGUAGGUUUUAAUUCAUAUAUCAUAUUCCAUUGUAUAGUACAUUUGUAUUGCAGAUUAUUACGUAAUACCCAUACUAUUUGCAAGGUUAAAAAUAUGUGAAUCACAUUAAAUGUGUUAACUACUAAUUGUGUUGUGUAACUUGCACCAUUUUCAUAUUAUCAUUUAUAUAUUUGUAUCAGGAACAUUAAAUUAUUGUCAAUCUGA